GCACUAACUAAUUCAGAUUGAAACGCCAUAUUCAAUUGUCAACGGACGUCAACCGACGAGUCACAGCGUCAGAUUCCUACGAUAGAGAAAACUGUGUGUAUAAUUCAGCGUCAGUAAUAAAUUUCUGGAAAGUGUUCAGGGGAGUUAAAUCCCUUGGGAAAACCAACCUAAACAUAGAGACUAUGACGUCUGAGGAGAUGAAGCAAAGAAAACGAGAAGAGUACGAAAUGCAGUUCUUCAGCGUUCACUCGCGGGCCGUAUAUGAUGGCACAAAGAAUGUAAUACUAGAAGAAAUAGAAUCGCUCUGUCAGAAAUUAUGCCAGUCUAUUGAAGAAAAAUAUAGGCCGGGUCCAGACGAGCUUGCAAUCCUUAGAACAGAUGCGAAACGAUUAAUUCAGACUUAUCAAAACAGAGCCGAGACCCACAUGAAAGAUUUAAAUAACAUCGUGCGAAAAUUCAUUGCCGUGCCAAACAACCUACUAUUGGAAGAGGACAAAGCUCAAGCCAUUCAAAUGAGCCCACAUGAAUUGGAAGAGAUGAAAUUUGAAAUAGAAGAUCUCAGGAAACGUGCUAAAAGGGCAAAGGUCUUCAAUGCCGCCUUGCGACAGGAACUAGAAAUUCAGAAGCAAUUCGAAGCCUAUGAAGCAAUAAUAAACACCUCGAGUAAGAUAAUAGAAAGUAACACCGAGCUUCCGAAUUUAGAGACCAAGAUAGCCAAGUUUGUACAUGAAUCGAGUAAGCUCGACAUGUACCUGAACGCUCUCGAAUUUUCAAGUGAACAGGAUCGGUACAACCCAAUAAUUAAACAACUCAAUGAUGAAUUAGAUUCAUGACUUCAGAACUGAUUUUGUAAAGUACAUUUAUGUAAAAAUCUAUGUAUCUAUUUUUUCUAAUUAUAAAUAAAGCUGAUAUUUCGUAA